CUCCAUCAUAUCCACUUGUUUUUAUCCUUCAAUCAUUCUCUCCUUCUCUCUCUCUCUCUCUCUUCUUCACAACGCCAUUAUAGUAGAAAGCUCUGCUUAGAUCUCCUCACUGCUUUUUACCUUUUCAAUCAAUUCCCCAAAUUGCUUCAGAUUUACCCGGAAUUUCGGAGACUUCGAUGUCUGCUGUCGAAAUUCGCAUGGGUUUUGCUUAAAGGUAACUUCUUUUAGGGAUUUCGAGGAUCAGGAGAUGGAAAUUGGCACGACUCAGAAUCCCCACGACCGUCAACGAGAAGCCGUCGCGACGGCGGAGGCAGGGCUGCAACUCAAUUCUACCGAAAACCCAUCACCGGGAUCGGUUCCUUUUGCCGGAGGUAUCUCCGGUUCAGCGACGAGCUCAGGCACAAGCACCACGAGCUCAGGGAGUGCUCUCGCCGUAGUUAAAUCCGCCGUGAAGAAGCCGUCUAAAGAUCGACACACGAAAGUGGACGGCCGUGGACGGCGAAUCCGCAUGCCGGCGAUGUGCGCCGCUAGAGUUUUCCAGCUAACGAGAGAGUUGGGUCAUAAAUCCGACGGAGAGACAAUCGAGUGGCUUCUCCAGCAAGCAGAGCCUGCAAUUAUCGCAUCUACAGGCACCGGAACGAUCCCGGCGAAUUUCUCAACGCUAAACGCCUCUUUACGCGGUAGCGGCGGCGGCGGCUGCGGCUCCACCAUCUUCGCUCAGCCGUCAAAGUCUUCAUCUUCGCCGCUCUCGUUUCACAGCACCGGAAUGUCUCUCUACGACGACAGUAACGGUACUAACAACGGGUCUUCUUCCUCCUCCUCCGCCGUAGAUCCCUCUAGGAAGAUGUUAAACGCCGCCGCAGCCGCUCAGAACGCUGCCGUUUUCGGGUUUCACCAUCAGAUGUACCCGCCGAUAAUGUCGACGGAGAGAAGCCCGGCCAACUUGGCGAAACCUUACAGAGAAGAUUACUUCAAGGAGUCUGAACCAAGUGGGAGUUCUCAGAAACCGGGUCAGUUCCAGGAUCAAGAUUUGGGUUCGGGUCCGGGUCCGGGUCCGGGCCGUGUGGUGCCUCAACCAAUGUGGGCGAUGGCUCCGGGGACCACGAACGGAGGAAGUGCGUUCUGGAUGCUUCCGAUGAGUGGGUCGGGUGGGCGAGAGCAGAUGCAGCAGCAACCGGGUCACCAAAUGUGGGCAUUUAAUCCCGGGAAUUAUCCGGUUGGGACGGGCCGGGUCGUAACCGCACCGAUGGGGUCAAUGAUGUUGGGAGGUCAGCAGCUAGGAUUAGGUGUGGCCGAGAGCAACAUGGCGGCUGCAAUGCGUGGUGGUAGAGGUGAUGGUUUGGCCAUGACGCUAGACCAACAUCAACAUCAGCAUCACCAGCAACAUCACGAGCCAAGCCAAAGUCAAGCUAGUGAAAAUGGUGGUGAUGACAAAAAGUGAUGAAACACAGACCUCAUGACAUUCUCUAAUGACCACCACACUCAGCGUUUUGAAGAUCUGCGAUUUGCGGUUAGGAGGAUACCGUUGGAGAUUCGCAGCGGUUGAAUGCUGCCAUGUUGCCUGAGAUGCUAGAGUGACAAAUAUGAUGAAACAAGAUGUGGUUUUAAGCUUUUGAACAGAUUUUUCACAUCAUUUGUGGGGGUUUUUUUUGUGUGUUUUCUGGAUUUCAAAUUUUCAUUUGAUUGUGCUUUUGAUUAAUAGACAUGUGAAUAUGUUCAUCUUUCAUGGCU